GGAAGUUUCAUCGUUAGAAAUGUUCCGACUGGCCAAAAGAAGGACGACUCUUCUAUGAGAAUAUUCUUUCUUAAACAAUUCACUAAUUGAUAAUUAAUUACCAGUUGUAUAUCACCAUGGCAACAGAAAAGAGCACUAGUUCCAACCCCCUGGAACAAUUUGUUCUGUUAGCCAAGACUAUGAAGGGUGCUGCUGCAGUGGGCCUGAUCAAACAGGCCCUGGAGGCUCCGGGCGUGUAUGUGUUUGGAGAGCUCCUCGACAUGCCAAAUAUUCAGGAGCUGUCAAGCGGUGCCAAUGCUCCAUACUUCAACUUACUGAAUGUGUUUGCCUAUGGAACCUACAAAGAUUACAAAGAGAAUGCGUCCACCCUGCCAGAAUUGACUCCCGUCCAGCUGACAAAACUACGACAUCUCACUAUUGUAUCACUUGCUGCUAAGUCAAAUUCAAAGUGUAUACCCUAUGGAGAGCUACUCAAGGAACUGGAUAUCCCACACUUGAGGGCCUUAGAGGAUCUGAUAAUUGAGGUGAUAUACGCUGAUAUUAUUCGAGGAAAACUGGACCAGAAAAACCAACAUUUGGAAGUGGACUUUGCACUUGGGCGGGACAUCCGACAGGAAGCGGUUCCGGAAAUCAUCAAUGUCUUGCAGGACUGGUGUGACGGUUGUGAGGCAGUUUUGUCAGGAAUCGAGACACAGAUCUCGAAAGCCAACACAAACAAGGAGAACAACAUAGCUAUCAAACAGAAGAUUGACCAGGAGGUGUCAAACAUUAAGAAAACUCUAAAGAACACCCAACAACAGGAUACAGAUGAACAAAUGGUCACCGACAGUAGAGAUGUAGCCAUGACGUCUGACAAACCAAGCAAAAAGUCCAACAAGACAAAAGGCUUACGAGGAAGUUCUGGUAACAAGUUAUGGAAGUGACAAAGAUAGAUUUGAGGAUCAUAUCUGAAAAAACAUGGAAUACCAACUGUACAGAAAAUAAGAGAUUGUGAACAUGGAAAAUCGCCAAUUUUCUAUAAUAUGUAGCUUGUUUACAGGUACUAUGUAUUCUGUAUAUUGGUGACAUUUAAGGUUGACUUGAGCAAGGCAUGAAAUGUUCAUCAUUUAGUGCUAAUUUAAUACCUAAAAGGAAUGAUGUACCUACCUUGACUGACCGUUCAGCUCCUGGAACUGUACAAUGGCUGGAGAUAAAGAAUCAUCUGGUAGUGACAAAUAUAGAUGUAGGUACUGUGUACCAGGAAAUGUUCGCCCUUCAUCGGUAAAAUACAUAAUUGCCCAGUAUGAAUUUCGCCCUUCACAUUUAAUUACCGUAUGUACAUGAUGUUUAUUGAUGUUCUCUGUAAGAAUAAUUCCCUCAAUAAAUACGGAGAGAGAAAAAGGUGAAAAUUGAACAGGUGAAAAUUUCCUCGUAUUCAGCAAUUGAUCUUAGUAGCUGGAGAUUGUGUAUAGUUGAACUUCCUUAAUCCAGCCACCAUUAUAUCUGGCUACCGCGGUAUACCACUGUUCAGCCAGUAUUUUAUAGGACAAGUUGUCCCAGAAAUUCUGCCACUUCAGCUCAAAAGAGUUGUCUGGAUAAUCAAGGAUCAUCAAUAUACCUGGCCCUGUGUUCAUGAAACUGUUCUCAUGCUCAAACUUGGAUUCUGUGCUCAAGUCACAUUUCUUGUUCCCGAGAUCAUUUAAUAAAAACAUCACAUUCUGUUAAUAAAUAGUGAAGAAUGCUGGAGAAACUAAAUACCAUUUCUAUUUACACUUGACCUUAUCACCGUGUAACAUGAUUUAGGCAAAUAACAAGAAAGUCGGCUUGAGCACAAAAUCCAAGCUUGAACAUUGUUUCAUGAAUACGUGCCCUGGGGUACUGAAGAUGUAGGAAGAGCGGUAAGGCAGUGAAUAGUUGUCAACUUCAACCGCACACUUAUAUAAUACAAGGUUAUGCCUUGCUUCUUUACCAUUUGGAAGUCAGUACAGUGCAUAAAGUGCAAGAAAGUUUUAUAAAUAUUGUAAGAAAUAAUAUAUUGUCAAUUUUUCAAAGGUUGAUUAAUUCAAAGGGGAAUGAACAUGCAUUUUUGAAAUUUAUAUUUUAAGAUCCACAGCAGAUCGAAAAGUAAUUAUUUUGAAACCAUUUCCAGAAGCUGGUUUAAGGCAAAGUUGCCAGGACACUUUAUUCCAAAAUUUUCUAGAUGUAUUUUUUUAAACAAAAUAAUUCUUAGGUACAUCUACAUAUAUUAUCUUUCUGUGAUGUCUAUGUGAUUUUUUAUUGUCAAAUAAAUAUGAAGAAAAAAAAA